GUACUUGUAAAAUUGGGGUUAAAGAUGUUUCCAAUAGCCAAUAGUUCCUUCUUUCGCCCCACAUUUCACGCUUUUCCAAACCAAUCUUCACUCUCUUCUGCUCAACCAACUCAAUACGAUGCAGCGAGCAGCAUGAAAUGAAAUAAAAUGUCUUUUCAACCUUCAACCUUCGCAAUGUCAAUGCUGCAUCAACGCAUCAUCAUCAUCUUCAUGCUUCUUCUACCCCUCACCUCCGUCAUCGCCUCCGAACCUUGCCGAUUCUCUUUUCCCGACGGAGACCGUCUCUACAAUUACACCCUCUCUUCUCCCAUCCGCAACUUUCCUCACGGCAUCCUCAGCGAAGACGGGUUUUACAAAGUGGCAGUAAACGAGACCACACUUUGGUUUCAGCUUUGCGAUGGAAUGGUUUUCAAUCAUGACCCUCCAGUAUGUGCUGACUGCUGGGAUUGUGGAGGCCCAAAUCAAUGUGGGACUCGGUGCAACGCACUCGUGGCAAACAAAGUUGGAGGUUAUCAUGUAUGCACAGCCAUAGGACGUGGCCCAAAAGUAGAUAUUGAUAUAAUUGAUAAGAAAAAUCCCCAUACUGGUGUCAUUUUUAAAAUGUCAAACAGUGGCCCUAAGUUCAACUGUUCGCUAGCUGUAUCUGUUAUUUGCAAUUCAAAUGGAGUGCAGGGACCACAAUCUCUGGAGAGAUUAGGUGCCUGUGAUUAUGUUACAGAGCUGAAGCACCCAUCCGGUUGUGCCGUCAUUAUAAAUGUUCAUGGAGGAGGGUUGGGGUGGUUUGGCACCUUAAUGAUCAUUGUUUUGUGCCUUUUUGCUGCAUAUCUCCUGGCUGGUAUAGUUUACCGAUUUUUCUUCCUUGGGAUUCGUGGUGUAGAUAUUAUCCCUAACUUGGACUUCUGGAUCAGCUUGCCUAGGAGAACACAGAGUCUGUGUUCUUCUUUGGUGAGGAGGUUUAAGGGACCGUCUGAAAGUUACCGGAGCUCCUAUUCACCUGUGAAUUUCUGAGAUUAUAUUUUCGAUUCUGGAUUUAUCUGGUGAAUUUCUAACGGAAAAUCUUACACAUACGAGGCAAACAUUCUGCAGACAAAUGCAGAAAAUUCCUUUUUCAGAUACCCUAUUGGUCAGUUCUGAGCUUCCUUGAUAUGGAACAUUCCUCAGAAAUCUGUAAUUCUUUUCUGAUUAUCCCUCCAUGAAUUUAGCAUUUAUCAUCUUUGAAAGACUAGGGGAAAGGGCUGGAGGAAGAAGAAGAAAACAAGAUAACACAAAAAAGAAAGUCGGGAUAAUUCUUUAAGAAAGGAGGGAUUGAUUAUAAAGGAGCUAAUCUAAUAAUUUUGGUAGACAUUCUUUGGUAUAAUCAGAUAAUUGAAUCAAAUUGUAACUUUUAUUUUUUUUAGUUUGACCAUUAAUUCUUUUGUUUCUCAUAUUGUAAUCGUUCUUGCAUUUCUACUUGAUUCGAUAUGAAUUGGGCGUGCCUUAAUGCUUUUAGCUUUCUGCCAAAGAUGGGCCAGUAUAUCCACACUAUAAUGUAAGGUCAAUGGUCAGCAUUAAUCUCUUGUCUCGAGUCA